AUGAGCGAGAAAACCACCGGAGCAAAGUCUGUCGGGGCCAUACCAGGUCGAAGGCAAUCUCAAGAUCCUCAAAAGCGGGCCUCCAGUUUCCCAAACGUGCCGAGGCAUAUACAGCUGGCGGUGAGGAACGACGAGGAGCUGGGAAAGCUGUUGGGGUCGGUGACGAUCGCGAGCGGCGGAGUUUUGCCCAAAAUCCAUCAGGUUCUGCUGCCAAAGAAGACCGGAGCCGGCAAGGGGAAAGGGGAAGUUGGGUCUGCUUCGCAGGAGUUUUAG